AUGCACAUCACCGCGGAGUCGUGGGACUUUUGUGGGCCAUCACCGGGUCUUGAUCACCUCAAGAUGAUCGAAGAUUAUAUCAGCAACUUCUUGACGAGCUUAGAGAACCUGAUAUUUACCUGGCUUGGCCGCAAAGGACCCUGUCUGAUUGCACUUGCGGCAGACCCUCUGUUUACGCUGCCUCGCAGCUCACAGGAGCUAUUUCACGAAGUCACAUCACUAAUAUUUGACUUCGAGAACACGUUCCUCCUCGAUGAUGGCAGCUGGGAUGAUGCACUGGCGCCAUUGAUAGGCAACGGCUCUCACAGUGGUUGCUGGUCGCGACAUUCGACUACGACUUUUACCGAGGAAUUUGCCAACGUUCGGCCCAAGUAUUUCUCGGACGACCUGACAGAGCCUUCAGCGGCCGUCGAAGCAGUCUCACAAGAGCUGUUAGACAUUGACCUGGGCGCAGGCGAGGUAGAGGCUAAGGCUGAGGACCAGCAAGACGCCGCCCGCAAAGCGAAUCUCUUGUCCAACAAGUUCAUGAAGCGGUACAUGACCAAACGGCGCCGCAGGCGCAAACCUAGCCAUGAUCACGAUGCAGUGGGUGAAGAGCAGCGACAGCAUCGCGGUCAACGGUCUAAGGACUCUCUUGACAACCCACGCGAUGGACACCACCGCCACCAUCUUCACCGAUAUCGGAAAUCCCAGGACGCUUUGGACGAGCAUCCGGCGCUUCUUCACCCUAAUAACGGCCGUCAGCCCUCUACCGGCUCUCUCUACCGUUCCCAGGAGCCUCCCCGGUUCUCGAUUGCGUACCAGUCUCCCCUCCCUCAAUUAGCCGGCGAGGGAGAUAGGUCAGAGCCCGACCUCACACAUUUGCUUACGGACAAGGAAUGCGACUCACUGGUCGAUGAGUACCUCCGACCACGCACGCCCACUUCUCCAGCCCCCCAGAAGGACAUCUCGGCGCCAAUCUUGUUUCCGUCACCCAACCUCCUGCAGCCAACAGUCUACGAACCUACCGCCGAGCUGUGCUCCGGAACCUCGGCCGUUCAGUGCGACAUUAAGGCCGAGGGGAAAGACCGCCUUGUGGCUGAGGACGUUAACGUGCAGGUCAACGCCUGGCGGCAGGCGAAGGAAAUUGUGCUCAGCCGAUUAGGUCGCGAGUUCUGCAGCGGUGGCGGCGUGGGCGGCAUGUGCGGUAAGGGCUACGGCGAUCGCAGCCCGAAGGAGGAGACGUUCGGCUCCCCGGGGUUCUUGGGCACUGCGCGGUUCAGCGAGGGCCUAUUCGGGGAGAGCACGCGUGGUGUGAGUGAAACUCCGCACCUGGUACAGGACCAUAGGAGUAUGGAUGUGCCGAUCUUAUUAAGUCGCGAUUAA